CGUGCAAGGGGCGGCGGCCGCCACCAGCUCAUUCUGUUGUAACUGCCGCCGCCUCGUUCACCAUAACAUUUGUCAAACAUUUACAAUUAAAUGAAGACAAAAGUAGUGAACGAGAUGUUCCCUAAAGCCCGCAGCAAAGACAUCCGACGCGCCGUGCUCGGCACCUGCGUCGUGCUGGCCGCCGACGGCGGCGCCAGCGGUGGGGCGCGGCCCCGCAAGGUGACCAUCACCCUUUGCCGGCGUCGGGGGUGCUGGCGAGCCCUCAGCUCGCGGGGGGUGGCCGUCUUCGCCUUCCCGGAGGCGUCCGGCCCCACCUCCCUCACUGCCCCGCUGGACCUGGAGUACCUCUUCAGGUGCAGCGGGAAACCAGACGCCGAAGCCACGCAGGUCAAGAUCUGUGUGGCGUACCGCCGCGGUGCAACUCGCAAGGCCCGCGUUAGCCUCGAAGAGUUCCUGGAGGCGCUGCUGGAUGGAGUCCGACCUGGCAGCUUCUUCCUGUACAUCUACGAUGACAAGGUCGGCCUUCAGCUGGCCAGUCAGCAAUUCCAGGGCCUUCCCACAACAUGGCCACUGGAACAGAAGCCCGGCAAGGGAAAGAUGGCCAUGCAUACUGAUGGAAACACUGACGCCGCCUACAACGAAUGGAAGCUUUACCUGGAAAAGGUGUUUGCGGUGGAAGACGAUGAAGAGAACACCGACAACGAUGAAGACACCCACAACGAACAGAAAGUUUACCUGGAAAAGGUGUUUGCGGUGGAAGACGAUGAAGAGAACACCGACAACGAUGAAGACACCCACAACGAACAGAAAGUUUACCUGGAAAAGGUGUUUGCGGUGGAAGACGAUGAAGAGAACACCGACAACGAUGAAGACACCUACAACGAAUGGAAAGUUUACCUGGAAAAGGUGUUUGCCGUGGAAGAUCAUGAAGAAAACACCGAUAAUGACGAUGACACCUGCAAUGAACAGAACGAUCUCCCGGAUAGGGUGUUUCCGGUGAAAGAUGAUGACUUUGCCGAGGCGGCGCACGAGGAUGAGGAAGCCUGUGAUGUCACUGCCGCCGAAGAGGAGGAAGCCUCUGAUGUUCCUGCCGCAGAAGAGGAAGAACCUACUGACGUCGCUGCUGCAGAAGAGGAGGAAGCCUCUGAUGUUCCUGCCGCAGAAGAGGAAGAACCUUCUGAUGUCGCAGCUGCAGAAGAGGAGGAAACCUUUGAUGUUCCUGCCGCAGAAGAGGAAGAACCCGCUGAUGUCGCUGCCGCAGAACAGGUGCAAACCUCUGAUGUUCCUGCCGCAGAAGAGGAGCAAGCCUGUGAUGUCGCUGCAACAGAAGAGGAGCAAGCCCCUGAUGUCGCUGCGACACAAGAGGAGGCACCCCAGCACGCAGAAGCCUCUCGGGGCGGUACAAGUGCCACAGACAGGGAGGUUUCCCCUCAGGGCCAGGCCCCAGCACCAGUGACCGUCCCUGCCGCCCCCGCCACAGCUUCCCUCGCCUACCGCAGCCUCACCGUGCCUCAGAGAUUCAUCUCCCGCAUCGCAGGACCCAGUGACCGCCAGCUGGAGGACCUGCGGCGGAGCCACGGCGUCAGCAUCGUGCGGGUCAGGCGAACCCUGCACAUCAAGGGCGAGAGGGACGCCGUCCUGCGGUGCCACCGCCACAUGCGAGACGAGAUCGCCGAGUGGCGAAGGCGCGAGGCCGCUGAGGCUGAGUAAGCGACUCACAGACUUACCUGUGACCCGUGACGGCCGCAUUAACACCCUGUUUCUUAGCAUUUCUUAUCAUAUCUUGU